AUGGGUAUCAAGGACAACUUGGAAAAGAUUGGCGUUACACGAAAGAAGAUUUAUCGUGGAUCAUCAGCAUCUUUAAACAUAGUGAUUUCCAAUUCACAAGUGGUUGAAGUUGAUGAAAAGACGGGUAAAGUAUUAUCGCGUUCCAACUCCGAAGCAAGCGCCCACACAUUUGAACCAGAAACUCUAGAAAGAGGUUUAAAGUCCAGGCAUGCUCAAUUGAUUGCCAUUGGUGGUGCUAUUGGUACUGGGUUGUUUGUUGGGUCUAGUACAGCAUUGGUCACUUGCGGACCAGCGUCACUUUUCCUCUCGUAUGUUAUUAUGUCGUCAGUGGUUUACUUUGUCAUGCAGAUGUUGGCAGAAAUGACAAUAUUCUUGCCGGUGCCUGGUAAUGGUCCAUUGGCAUUCAUUAACGAUUGCUUGUCUCCUUCAUUUGGAUUUGCAUUUGGUUGGAACUAUUGGUAUGCAUUCAGUGUGUUGGUUGGUGCCGAAGUCACUGCUGCUGCUGUUGUGAUUGAGUAUUGGACAAAGUCGGUAAGUACAGCUGUAUGGAUCACCAUCUUGUUGGCAGUUAUCAUAUUUAUGAAUAUGACUUCGGUCAAAUUCUUUGGUGAAGCUGAAUUUUGGUUUGCAUCGAUAAAGAUUAUUGCUUUGGUGGGGUUGAUCAUCUUGAGUAUUGUGUUGUUUUUUGGUGGUGGUCCAAACCAUGAUCGAUUGGGGUUCAGGUAUUGGAAACAUUCACCUUUCAAAGAACAUCUUACUGGUGGCGCAACUGGAAGAUUCUUGGGGUUGUGGACAGCAAUUAUCAAAUCGGGGUUCUCCUAUAUUACUUCGCCUGAAUUGGUAUCCACAACAAUGGGUGAAACUGUGGCACCUAGAUAUAAUGGAGCCAAAGCAUCGCGUCGUUUCAUCUGGCGUUUGAUCUUCUUUUACGCUUUGGGUACUUUGAGUAUUAGUGUCAUUGUCAGCUCAAAUGAUAAGCAAUUGUUUGGUGGUGCUUCUGAUGCUUCGGGUAGUGCAUUCACGGUUGCUAUAAAGAAUGCUGGUAUAAAAGGUUUGAACCAUGUUAUCAAUGCUGUCAUUCUAACGUCGGCGGCAUCGGCUGGGAACUCAUUCUUAUAUUCGGCUUCAAGAGCAAUCUUCUCCAUGGCACAAAGAGGCAAAGCUCCCCGAAUUUUUACUACAGUCAACCGAUUUGGAGUUCCAUACUAUGCUGUUGCCAUAUCAUCAAUCUUUGGAUUCUUGGCCUACUUGAAUGUUUCUUCUUCCUCAGCAAAUGUGUUUAACUGGCUUACAAACAUCUCCACCAUUUCGGGGUUCUUGGCUUGGUUAGCUUUGGGAUUUACUUAUCUUCGUUGGAGAAAAGCAAUUGCUUUCCAUGGCCUUAGCGAUAGAGUGCCAUACAAGUCUAAAUUGUUGCCUUAUGGUGCCUACUAUGUCAUCUUCAUGAUGGCAAUCAUUACCAUCACCAACGGAUACGCAGUGUUUUUUGAUUUCAACGGGGCUGAUUUCGUCGCUGCAUAUGUCACCUUACCCAUUGUCGUUGGUUUGUAUGCUGCACAUCGUAUUUACGACUAUUGGAAAAACGGAACUACACGCUGGUUGGUACCUAUUCAAGAAAUUGACUUGGUGACAAAUUUGGAUUUAGUUGAAGAGGAAGAACAGAAUUAUGAACCACGUGUGCCCAAGAAUUUCUUGCAAAGGUUUUGGUUCUGGUUGGCCUAG